GUUGACGUAAAACUCGCCGCUACAUUUGUACAUCGGCUUUAGCAAGAAAACUUGCUCGCAAUCAAGAAAAAUGCUAGUUUUUCGACAUUUUCCAGGCUAAAACAAAAAGGUAAACACCAAUUUUGUUGUUUUAUUAACUGAAUGAAUGUUAUUAGACGAGUUGUAGUACGUAAAUGAGCUGAAAGAUAGACAAAUUAUAACUAUUGUAACCCAGUCAGCUCGUGAGGAAUUGUUUCGCCAUUUAAACAAAAUGUCUGAGACUUUAAUCCAGAGAAUAAAAGAUUUAGAGGAAGAACUGGAGCAGCUCAAGACCCAGCUUCUGCAUACAAAUGGAGCCCACACGGAGACCGGUCCAUUACCAAAUGAAACCACUAGUUCUUCUAAAAAAGGGAAGAAAACGUUGAAAGAGCGCCCUUUUGACUUCUCCUCACAUCCUCGCCGCCAUGUGGCUCUGCGUAUGGCCUAUCUGGGAUGGUCCUACCAUGGCUUUGCCGUCCAGGAGAACACGGACAACACAGUGGAGGCCAGGCUCUUCGAAGCUCUCCUGAAGACUCGCCUCAUCCAGGACCGCCAGAGCUCCAACUAUCACCGCUGUGGACGUACUGACAAAGGCGUCAGUGCUUUUUCCCAGGUGAUAACCAUCGACCUGCGCUCCUCACAGUUUGGCGGAGGAUUGGGUGUCAUUCCGGCCGAUGUUGUUGCCGCUAAGAAAAAAGAUGCUGAUUCUGCACCAUCAGAGCUUCCUUAUGUGAAGAUGCUCAACAGGGUUCUGCCUCAGGACAUCCGGAUUUUAGACUGGGCUCCUGCAGCGGAGGGGUUCAGCGCACGCUUCGAUUGCCAGGCCCGCACGUACCGCUACUACUUCCCACGUGGAUCCUUGGACAUCGAUUUGAUGACGGAUGCUGCCAAAAGGUACGAGGGCACUCAUGACUUCCGUAACCUGUGCAAGAUGGAUGUCGGGAACGGCGUCUUGCAGUUUGAGAGAACCAUCCUGUCGGCAACAAUCAAGCCCGUGCACCCUAUUCCCACCGCAGACCCGUACGACUUGUUCAUAUUUGAGCUGAAAGGGCUUGCCUUCCUGUACCACCAGGUUCGCUGCAUGAUGGCCGUGCUUCUUCUAAUAGGUCAGAAGCUGGAAGCUCCAGAAAUAAUCAAUGAGCUCCUUGAUGUUCAAACUAACCCCCGAAAGCCUCAAUACAGCAUGGCAGUUGACUACCCGCUGGUUCUGUACAACUGCCACUUUGAGGGUUUGAGCUGGAGACGGGAGGAAGAGGAGCUGAAUCACGCCCUGUCGUCACUGCAGCAACACUGGACCCAGAGCGCUGUCAAGGCCCACGUCCUCCAUGGCAUGAUUCAAGGCUUGGAGGAGGCCACAGGUGGGGUGUCGUCAAAUUCUUUUUGGCUGGUAGAAGGCAGCCGGCAGAGGAACUACCGGUCGUUGCUAGAACGUCCUCGCUGCGAGAGCCUGGAGUCCAGGAUCGACCAUUUUGUCAAGAGAGGGAGGCUCAAGCGUGAAGAAGGUGAGAAUGGAAGCGAAGCAAUGGUCCAUCAAAGAAAACGAUCCAAACAUUCUCACAAUUCCUGAAUAAAAAGAUUUUUUUGCUUUUUUUGUAUUUUUUAAUGCAGGAAUGUUGUGGACUUUUAUUACACAAGCAGUGUUUUUUUCAUUAAAAGUUAUUUUAUGAAAUAAACACACUUGAGAACAUUCAACAUCG